UUGAUCCAGCUAUAAAUGCCACAGUUGUCAAAAGAUACACCUUCUUUGCUUUCCCUUCACUGCUCUCUCUCUCUUUUCCUUUUCUCAUUGUUUUGUUUUCUUCAAAUUGCAAAAAACAAGCUCUCUUUCCAGCUUCAGAACAGACUCACCAACAAUCUCACCCAACUCUUUUCCUCUCUUUGACCUCUCAUUAACUCCCACUUAUCUCCAAACCCUAUCUCUAUUUACAUACAUUCAUCCUUUUGUUGUGUGUCUUAUAUACUUUCCAUUAAACCAUACUUUAAUAAAAACUCCAUCUUUCUUCCAUUUCCUUGUUCAUUUUCUGGGUUUAUUUGGUUGGCUCAAAAGCUUAAAAUCUUGAGACAAACUUCAAUUGCAAUUCACCAUUAGCUUACAUAUCUACUUGGGUUUGCUUCAAAAUCAAAGAAAGGUGGAACCUUUAUUCUUUAAGCGGAUGAUUAAUCGAAAAGUCAAGAGCUUUGUCGCUACAUUCUAAGUUUUCAGGGAAGAGUUUGAAAAAAAAGAAGAAGUUACUUUCCGUUUGCUUGUGGGAAGUUGUGUGAGCAAAGGGAUUGAAAGAUGUCAUCUGAGAGUCCUUUGAGUAAUGAAAUGUCAAAGAAGAUCUCUUUGUUUGGUUUGACUGAUGUGAAACUGUGGGUGUUGGUUUGUUUUGUGGUUGGCACAUUCGUGGCGUUGGUUCUCUUUAUCUUAUAUGUUUGGGUUGCAUUCCGCCGCAAAUCAUCUCAAAAGUUGUUACCUUUCAGUCAGAUACCACGCGUGGCGAAAGAUAUAAGGGUUGAUGAUAGAGUUGGGGUUCAAAACCACAGUGAAAAUUUAUGUAUUGCUGAUAAACCGACUGAUAGAAGCUCAGGGAAGAUGAUGUCUUACUUGGGGAGAACCAAGUCUAGCGAUAAUGACAGUAUAAGUCAGUGUAGCUCUGUGCAUCACCAUGAGAGAGCUUACAGUUCUCACUCCGGUGAAGAAGGAAGCUUUGGAACUGCUUGGAGACAAGGUUCCCUUGUAACAGCGUCUCCUUUGGUUGGUUUGCCGGAGAUAUCUCAUCUUGGGUGGGGACACUGGUUUACUCUCAGGGAUCUUCAGCUAGCCACCAACCGUUUUGCUCCAGAGAAUGUAAUCGGUGAAGGUGGUUAUGGUGUGGUUUAUAAAGGUACUCUCAUCAAUGGUAAUGAUGUUGCUGUAAAGAAGCUUCUGAACAAUCUGGGACAGGCUGAGAAGGAGUUUCGAGUUGAAGUUGAGGCUAUUGGUCAUGUACGGCACAAGAAUCUUGUAAGGCUUCUAGGAUAUUGCAUAGAGGGUGUUCAUCGGAUGCUUGUUUAUGAGUAUGUGAAUAGUGGUAACUUAGAACAAUGGUUACAUGGAGACGUAGGGGAACAUAGAACUCUCACUUGGGAGGCACGUAUGAAGAUCUUAACUGGUACUGCACAAGCGCUUGCUUAUUUACAUGAAGCUAUAGAACCAAAAGUAGUACACAGAGACAUAAAAGCAAGCAAUAUCCUGAUUGAUGAUGAGUUCAAUGCAAAGCUUUCGGAUUUUGGGUUAGCCAAGCUCUUAGACUCUGGUGAGAGUCACAUAACCACUAGAGUCAUGGGCACUUUUGGGUAUGUAGCACCUGAAUAUGCUAAUACAGGUCUAUUAAACGAGAAGAGUGACAUAUACAGCUUCGGUGUCCUGCUUCUAGAAGCUGUAACUGGAAGAGAUCCAGUUGAUUAUGAACGUCCAGCUAAUGAGGUGAAUUUAGUUGAGUGGUUAAAGAUGAUGGUUGGAACAAGAAGAGCUGAAGAGGUUGUUGAUCCAAAGAUUGAACCAAAACCAGCUACACGUGCCCUGAAACGUGCACUUCUUGUUGCCCUGAGAUGUUUAGAUCCUGAGUCAGAGAAACGACCCAAAAUGAGCCAGGUUGUGCGGAUGCUUGAAUCCGAUGACCAACUUUUUCGUGAGGAAAGGAGGAACAGAAAGAGUAGAACAGCAAGUAUGGAGAUUGUGGAGACCAUGGAGGAAACAAGCAAACGGCCUGAGCACUCAGAGAUGAACCAUACUACAAAACCUGAGUAGACUCAUGAAUAGGAGAAAACAUUUGAUCAUACAAUUAUUGUUUUUGAGUUAAUUAAUUGUUGUAAUAUAAUCGUCCACCGAGUAAGAGAUUGAAGUUAUACAACAACAAUGUCGACAUCA